UACUCUACGAGCCACAAAAUGCAGUUUACCAGAUCAAAUCGCCAUCGCCCGGGAGCAAGUGCAACAAAAGCAUGAUGAAAUUACGAGUAUUCAUCAAACAGAUAAUGGUGUGAAACGUCAAAAGAAGAUGAAAGAAAAAAUUAUUUACACAUUCAUUCAGAUGGUUGGUAUUGCAAGAUGUAUCGAAGACUUAACCGUUAGAGAAUUUUAA